UAUGCUGUGUGUGUGUUUGCUCUCUCCUUCCUCUAUUCACAUGCUAAUCAGAGCUGUAUAAAUGCAGUCGAGCUCUGAGCAGCACGCACUCCUCAUCAACACACACCUCUCUACAACACACACACACACACGUCCAUAAGUUUCUCCCAGAAAUAAAGUGUGAUAGUCAUGACUGCGGUAGGUGCGACCCAAAGCGCAGACAGACAGAACAGCAGCAGGGACGAGAGGAAGCUGAGGAAGCCUCUGAUCGAGAGGAAGAGGAGAGAGAGGAUUAAUCAGUGCCUGGAGCAGCUCAGAGAGAUGGUGGUGGAAGUCUUCGGGCUGGACCAGCAUUCGAAGUUGGAGAAGGCUGAUAUUCUAGAGAUGACUGUUAAACACCUACAGAACAUCCAGAGUAAUAAAGUUACAGAACUGAUAAUGGACCCGGAGGCACAUCAGUGGUACAGCACCGGCUACAUCCAGUGCAUGCAUGAAGUCCACAACCUGCUGCUGUCCUGCGACUGGAUGGACAAAACACUCGGCACUCAUCUCCUUAACCACCUGCUCCACUCACUGCCCAAAUCCACUCCGUCCAAACCCCCAUCAACUCGGUCCGAGUCAGGGACACUGAGAAUCUGUGAGGUGGACGACGUGUCCUCAGCACCCAGUGUGGCUCUGCCAACUCUAACUAAUGACCCCGCCCUAUUGACUCGGCUGCCCCCCACCAAGAGCCCGCAUCUGACAGCUCUGGAAAUGUGGAGGCCUUGGUAGGAUACUGUAUGUGUGUGUGUGUGUGUGUGUGUGUGUGUGCGUUUUAGACCCUCCUCUGCUAUGUAUCUUAUAGAUAUACCUGUUGGUGAGCGUGUGGUCCAGAUUAGUGGCUCUCUUCUGAAGCUUGUUACUUCCUGUCUGAAGUAAACUUCCUGUAGCCUGCAUUGUAGAAGGCAGUUAAUGCUCCUGUGUUUAUUUAUUUUAUUAACACUGUCAUUUAUUGGAUUAAAUAAAAUCCAGAGCUAGCUCUGUGUUUGCUAGCUGACUAAUACCGUAGAGCCUGUGACCUCUGUAUGACCU